GGCCGCUUCUUCUGGGGGCCCGGUCACUUCCGGGGUGGGGGACCGUUCCUAAGCGCUGCACCCGCCCGCACGGGUGUCUGAGUCACAGGGUGAUUAAAAUAUGGCCGGGCAAAUAUCAGAAUCUGAUCAAAUCAAGCAGUUCAAAGAGUUUCUUGGGACAUACAAUAAGCUUACAGAAACCUGCUUCCUGGAUUGUGUGAAAGACUUCACUAGCCGAGAGGUUAAAUCAGAAGAGAUGACUUGCGCAGAACACUGCUUACAGAAGUAUUUGAAAAUGACACAAAGGAUCUCCAUGAGAUUUCAGGAGUACCAUAUUCAGCAGAAUGAAGCUCUGGCUGCUAAAGCAGGGCUUCUUGGCCAGCCUCGCUAGACAAGAGAGUGCUGUGUUCAGACUUCUUUCUAAAGCAGGGCCAAUGUUUACUGCGCUGGAAGUGCGGAUGUUUUGGUCUAACAGCUGUUGUGGGUGGAUCCACCAGAUCAGAACGGUGUUUUAUAGACCAUCUGGCAGGUGGAAAUUUAAGGAAACAAUGAUGGGCCACAGGCAAAUUCAUUAAUGGCUGACAGGCAAAUGGAGCCUAUUUUCAAGAGCCUUUUUACCGUGCAGUGGAAUAAUGUUGGUACAGCCUUUUCCAGAGGCCUGCAGUCUGGCAGAUUAUAGAAGUUUUGGGGAAUGGCCAUUUUUUGUGUAAUUCCACUAUGACUGUUAAUUUCAAUACAAAGCACAUUUUAUGGAAAUAUGGUAUCUAAAUGUCUGUCUUUUUUUAUUUAAUCAAAGUAAAGUAAUUGCAAACUG